CGUCUAUCUCUCACAGAAAACCAGUGUCGAGCUCCGAACAUCCUCAUCAAUGGCGCUACUUCAGCACGUGAGCUUCGUGCCCCUCGCACGUGCGAUGCGGUCUCGUUCUCUAACUCUCGCCUCGAGCACCGUAGCUGUCCCUUCUCUCGAGAAGGCGUCGCAAGUAGAUUCUCGCGUGCUCCUCGGCAUGUCCGAGAAAGAGCUUCAACAACUCGCACUCGACUUCGGCCAGCAAAGUUAUAGGGGGAAGCAACUUCAUCAUCUACUUUACAAGAGAAAGGUGAAAGAAAUUCAGGAUUUUAGUCAUUUGCCACUUGCGUUCAGGAAUGAUCUUCAGGCAGCCGGUUGGAGGGUAGGGCGGUCAGCGGUUUAUAAGGCCGUCACUGCAUCGGAUGGCACUGUCAAGUUAUUGAUUAAGCUGGAGGACAACCGCCUAGUUGAAACUGUUGGCAUACCAGUCGAAGACGAUAAAGGUGCAGUUCGCCUUACAGCUUGCGUCUCAUCACAGGUGGGCUGCCCAUUGCGCUGCUCAUUCUGUGCCACUGGCAUGGGAGGGUUCUCAAGGAACCUUAAAAGUUAUGAAAUUGUUGAGCAGGUCUUGGCAAUAGAGGAACUUUUCAAGAAGAGGGUUACAAAUGUAGUGUUUAUGGGAAUGGGAGAGCCGAUGCUGAACAUGAAAGAAGUUCUUGGAGCACACCGGUGCUUGAACAAGGAUGUACAAAUUGGGCAAAGGAUGAUGACAAUAUCCACCGUUGGAGUUCCAAAUACAAUUAAAAAGCUGGCUUCUCACAAGCUCCAGUCCACGUUGGCUCUCAGCUUGCAUGCUCCAAACCAAAAAGUUAGGGAACAAAUUGUGCCUAGUGCAAAGUCCUAUCCUUUGGAUGCAAUCAUGAAGGAUUGCAGGGACUACUUCCUUGAAACCAGUCGAAGGGUAUCCUUUGAGUACACACUUUUAGCUGGAGUCAAUGAUGCAGUGGAACAUGCAAUAGAACUUGCAGAUCUCAUCCAGGAAUGGGGACCUGGUUAUCACGUGAACCUGAUACCUUUCAAUCCAAUAGAAGGCUCUGAGUAUCGGCGUCCGUAUAAAAAAGCAGUGCUUGCAUUUUCUGCUGCUCUAGAGUCCCGAAAAAUAACUGUCAGUGUACGUCAAACACGGGGCCUAGAUGCCAGUGCUGCUUGUGGACAGCUAAGAAACGAAUUCCAGAAGAGCCCUUUGCUUCCAGACUCUGAUGACGUGCAAUCUCAAUUGGGCAUCGCAGUUGCUUGUUGAUACCACAGAGUUUCUCAAGAGUCUGAUAGUUUGCUAAGCUUGCUGUAUACCAUAUACUUCAUCUUCCAACCACUUACGAAAAGCUCAAUGAAAGUGGUCACUGAGGGGAGAUCCAGUUGGCAUUGCGAGCUCUGCUACUUGAGGAAAGAUGAUAGUAACCUUAGUGGAAUGCCCCACAUAAGUCGUGUAUCUGUUGUACAGGAGGCUUCGAUUUUGGCCAAGAAAAGAGUGGACAACGCAAUAUGCUGAAUCACUAUUGAUGUUGGAACUCCCCGUGGAAUCGAAAAGUUGUGAAGGGGUUUACUUGGGCAAUAAUUUCCAUUUUUGUUUUCUUGGCAAAACUGCUUGAUGGUGGUUGAUUUAGUCAUCUUGGAAGCAGAACUUUGGUGAAAUUAGAAGGGAAAAAGUUUCACGGCAUAUUACUAGUGAAAUUGUAGAUGGUGCUCGUACGGUACAUACGUGAUUGAUGAACUCUCUAACUCUUUCUUGCAUGAUAGAGAGUUAUGUGGGGGUUCUACUUACCUAUUUGUUAGCGUAUUAUUGAAUUAUAAUACUGUGUAAUAAUGUUGGCGUGGUAUUGUUGCAUUAAUAUUUUCUUCGGUCUG